CCUACCAAGGGGGGGGGUAUCUUGUUUCUCUUUCUCCCUCUCUCUCUCUCUCUUUCUCCCCCUCUCUCCGCGGGCUCGAGUCGUCCUUCGUGACCGCAGUCAUGGAGGCAGAUGGGAGUCAAGCCAUCUCGGGCAGCCCCAGCGACUCGCAGCACGACCCCGGUAAAAUGUUUAUUGGCGGCCUGAGUUGGCAGACCUCCCCAGAUAAUCUUAGAGAUUAUUUUAGCAAAUUUGGAGACAUUAGAGAAUGUAUGGUCAUGCGGGACCCAACUACAAAACGCUCCAGGGGGUUUGGUUUCGUUACAUUUGCUGAUCCGGCAAGUGUUGAUAAAGUAUUAGCUCAAGCUCAUCAUGAAUUAGAUUCCAAGACGAUUGACCCCAAAGUUGCAUUUCCACGAAGAGCUCAACCUAAGAGGAUCUUCUCUGCUGUUGCUUCCUGCCCCCUGGAACAUCUUGUGUCCCCAUCCUCACCGCACCCCCGAUGUGAGGUGGGCCCCCAACCUUCUUAUCUUUUCGUAAGGGCCUAAAGACGUGGCUCUGCCAGUCGGCUUGGGGCCCCAGUGCAGGAACCGUGCAAUCGAGGCGGUUGCUUGAGUAAUAAUAGAUCCUACCUCCCCACCACCACCACUCUGCCCCUGUCCUCCCCAUGUUUCCUUGGUUUUAAUGUCUGAUUUUUUUUUUUUUGUGUUUUAACUGUAUAUGUAACUGUAAGCUGCCCAUAGUUA